UCGAUAGGCGAUAACAAUAUUUAUGGAUAUCGCCCUAAUGCUACAGAACCAUUAGAACCUUGCAAAUAAAUAAAAAAGAGAAACAAAUCCAAUUUUUAGCAACAACCUGAUCGACUUCAAAAUUAUCAAACGGUCUGUUAUAAGAAAUUAACUCUAAUCAAAAAAAAAAAAAAAACAAAACAGCGCACAACACGAAGAACAUAACCGUAGCAGAUGUGAACGUGAGCGCUAAAAAGGCGCAGGCACCAAACGCACAAUUCUUUUAGCUCCCAAUUAGCCCACCAGAAGCCAGCCCAAGGAUGAAUGCACUCCGCCAGUUCUACAUGGAGAUUCCGAUAGUGACACGGGCAUACACAACAGUCUGUGUGCUUACAACGUUGGCGGUGCAUUUGGAUCUGGUAUCGCCUCUGCAGUUGUACUUUAAUCCCACAUUAAUAGUGCGCAAAUUUCAAAUUUGGCGACUGGCCACCACAUUCCUCUAUUUUGGAACCAUUGGAAUUAGUUUCUUCUUCAAUAUGGUGUUCACCUAUCGAUAUUGCCGCAUGCUGGAGGAUGGAUCAUUCCGCGGUCGCAGCUCUGACUUUGUCAUGAUGUUCAUAUUUGGUGGCGUGCUGAUGACAUUCUUUGGUAUAUUUGUCAACUUGUUGUUCCUUGGCCAGGCAUUCACGUUAAUGUUGGUUUACGUCUGGUCCAGACGCAAUCCCCUGGUGCCGAUGAACUUCUUUGGCGUGCUCAACUUUCAGGCACCAUAUCUGCCCUGGGUGCUCCUGUGCUGUUCCAUGAUAUUGGGCAAUACUGUUUGGGUCGACAUUAUUGGCAUGGGCGUUGGGCACGUCUACUAUGUCCUCGAAGAUGUUUAUCCGCAACUUUCUAACGGUUACCGACUGAUCAAGACGCCAUACUUCCUUAAAAGACUUUUCAAUGAGCAUAUUGAACGCAAUUACCAAGCAGCUGCCGAAGAUCGUCCCGGUGGCUUUAUGUGGGGCGGCGAGGCUCAACCGCUGAUACAGGAAGCGGAUCAGGAGCGUGAUGAUGCGCAUCCACCAGCGGAGGUGCCGCCUGCGCAAUAACAAACAAAUAUGAAGCAUUGUUCAAAAAUUGUUUAACAGAGACACAGCAUUUUGACAAAACGACAAAAAUGUUAAGACCCCUCCGCCACCUAUCACUUGGUGCUUGGUAAGAUUAGAUACAUAUUGAGAGAUAGAAAAAGAUUUAAAGAGAGAGAGAGAGAAAGAGAGAAAGCUCAGCCAUGUUAUGGAGCGAUAUGGCGUGCAAUAGUUAGCCAAAGUUAAUUCAAGUGUGUGUACGUAUUUAUUAUUGGUUGAUUUUCUGAAGAAGCGAAGAGAUCGUAAUUCAAUUGUUCUUUACAAUAGGCCUUAAGUUUCUCUUUCAUGGUAGAUUCAGCACAUGUGAUUAUAUAUUUAUAUGUAUACAAACAUGAAAAAUAAAGAUUCUGAAAUUUAAAA